UUGAGAGCGGAGAGUUGGGGAGUUGGAGAGCUUAGUGUUAGUAGUAAUUUGUAGUAACAAACCAAGCCAAAGGGGACGAAAGACUUGGCCUGAGAAGCGGGCGUUCUCCUCAUCAUACUCGAAACCAUCACCCGCUGCAGCACCACCACACCGGUCUCCUACCUGAAAUGGAGGCGACGCCACUGCUAAUCACGGCGCCAACGUUGUUGGAGAACGGAGACUAUGCGCCGGCGAGGAGCUUCCAGGAAGUUAAGUCGGUGUUUUGGAUAGAGACGGUGAAGAUGUGGAAGAUUGCAGCUCCUAUUGCUUUUCAAAUAAUUUGUCAAUACGGGACCAAUUCUUUUACCAAUAUAUUCGUCGGCCAUAUCGGCAACGUUGAACUCUCCGCCGUCACCCUUUCUCUCACCGUCAUCGGAACUUUCUCUUUCGGCUUCAUGCUUGGCAUGGGGAGUGCACUUGAGACACUUUGCGGCCAAGCUUUCGGUGCUGGACAACUACACUUGCUUGGCGUUUAUAUGCAAAGGUCCUGGAUUAUCUUGCUGGCUUCCUGUUUCAUUAUCUUGCCGUUUUACAUUUUCGCCACCCCAAUUCUUAAAUUUCUCGGCCAAGAAGAAGACAUCGCCGAAUUAGCUGGGAAGUUCACUAUACUUACAAUCCCACAAUUGUUUUCACUCGCCAUUAACUUCCCAACUGGGAAGUUCCUUCAAGCUCAAAGCAAGGUUAACGUGCUGGCAUGGAUUGGGUUUCUGGCUUUGCUUCUCCACAUUGGGCUUCUGUGGUUGUUCAUUGAUGUGUUUGGUUGGGGUACAACUGGUGCAGCCAUAGCAUUCGACAUCACCAACUGGGAGAUCACUUUAGCUCAAGUGGCUUAUGUUAUCUUCUGGUGCGACGAGGUGUGGCAUGGGUUUUCAUGGCUGGCGUUCAAGGAGAUAUGGGCCUUUGUUAGACUCUCCAUUGCCUCUGCUGUUAUGCUUUGCCUUGAAAUUUGGUACAUGAUGAGCAUGAUUCUUCUUGUCGGUCACCUUGACAAUGCAAUCAUUGCUGUCGGUUCCCUUUCCAUUUGCAUGAACUUGAACGGGUGGGAAGCUAUGUUGUUCAUUGGAAUAAAUGCUGCUAUGAGCGUUCGGGUUUCCAAUGAGCUAGGAUGGGGACACCCAAGAGCAGCCAAAUACUCGGUAUAUGUUACGGUGCUUCAGUCUCUCUUCAUCGGCCUUUUCUGCAUGGUUCUUCUUGUGAUAACCAGGGACCACUUUGCUGUCAUUUUCACUAGCAGCGAAGAAUUGCAACGAGCUGUCGCUCAUUUGGCAUACCUUCUUGGUGUAACCAUGGUUCUUAACAGUGUUCAACCUGUGAUAUCAGGUGUUGCUGUUGGAGGUGGAUGGCAGUCAUUGGUUGCUUAUAUUAACUUAGGUUGCUAUUACGCUUUUGGUCUUCCGCUCGGCUACCUACUUGGUUAUAUAGCUGACUUAGGAGUGAUGGGACUUUGGGGAGGUAUGAUAGCCGGGACGGCUUUGCAGACCUUGCUCCUGUUGAUUGUUCUAAGUAGAAUAAAUUGGAACAAGGAGGUGGAACAAACAACGGAACGCAUGAGGAAGUGGGGUGGCCAAGACACCAAUACCGACGGUAUGAAUAGUAGCGUUUAGAUCAGUUGUUAACCUGAAUUUUCGAUUUAUGUUGUUAUUAUAUAGAUUUUUACUUGCUCAUUUUUAAUAUGAAAAUUUCUUGAACCUUA